AUGAUCUCGGGCGCCGACGACAGGGAUCUAUUUAGCGCUAUGGGGCAGAGUGUCAAGAAAUCCCAGGAUCAGAAGCGGUCCAACCCCGCCGAACCUGAGAUCAGCUCCCGGGAACUCAAUCCUUCAUUAGCACCUCGGCCUCAUCAGGCGCCACAGGAGGAUCAGCGUCCCAAGAGCCAGCCUCCGUAUGGCGGCCCGGGUUACAAGUGGCGACUCAUGAAGCUUCAAAGAACGUAUGAAAUGGCUGAGCAGAGAGGUGUCCCGGUUGAGGAAGUGGCUAUGGAACGCUAUGGCAGCAUGGAUGCGUUUGAUGAAGCACGUUUGGAGCGUCAGUUUGUGGAAGAUCGCGAUGGCUCACUGGAACGCUCCAGACGCACGUCCAUGCACUCUCGGGCAGGCUUUCGUCGGCCUGGUGCUCCGCCUUCCGCACCAUCUUCCACGCCCGCCACGUCUCGCUCGUCCACGUCUGCCCCAUCGUCAUCAUCGCCAAAAGGCCCAUCUAUUCCUCGUGUUCUUCCGACACAAACGGGUCCGGUAUCCGCUUCUCCGGCUCCAAUGAGUGUGGAUGCCUUGAAUAAGCUGGAGGCCAGUGUCUUGCGGGCCGAGCUGAUGGGACGUCCUGACGCUGCGCAGCUGCGGGCUGAAUGGGAGGCUGCACGUGCCGGUCAGGGUGACAUGUCUUCGGAGCGUGUGGAAGCGGUACCCGUUUUGGAUGGAUUUGGGCGCCUCUACGAUAUUGGUUCUUCGUCUAGUUCCCGCGACCCUAGUGCGGACAAGGAGCGGCCCUCCAAGCGCUCCAAACAUGAAGAUGACGGAUCUGAGGCGUUGUCCGAGCUAGUUCGUCAGGAGAAGUUUUCCGCAGGGCGGGCUGACCAAAAAGACGCUGAUGCGAUGCUGGCCCAUCAAAUCAUGGCCGAUCAAGGCUUCGAAAAUGAUCUCGAUUACAUGGAUGAGGAGGCGAAACGAUUCGCUCGUCGCCGCAUGCGCGACGACGCGCUGAAGCGCCAAUUUGCUGUCCAAGACUUUGCGCGCACGAAACGGGCCUUGGAUGAGUGUCCCUUUUGCUGGCAGGAUGAUGGUGCAACACCACCCAGUGCGAAUAUUGUAUCGAGUGGGACGUGCGUCUACUUGGCACUACCAGAUCGAGAGCCGCUGGUGGAGGGGCACUGUUGGAUUGUUCCGAUGCAGCACCAUGUGAGUUCGCUGGAUGUGGAUGAGGAUGGAUGGACGGAGAUCCGCGUACGUGCCUGA